AUGCAUCGAGGUUACGGUCCACGGGAACCCUACGCCAGACGCGAGGAGUACGACAUACGCGGGGCCCCUCCUCCAUACGACCGUGAAAGAGGAUUUGAAAGGUACGAUAUGAAGAGGGAACGACCCGCACCAUACGAACGACCAAGGGGAAGCACAUAUCAUCGCGAUGUGCCUCAAGAGUAUCCAAGAUAUAGAGAUGAACCCCCUAGGUACAAGGAUGAGCCUCCAAGGUACAGAUAUGACGCACCUAGGUACCGUGAAGGGCCCCCAAGGUACAGAGAUGAACCACCUAGGUAUAGGGAUGAGAUGCCGAGAUACAGAGAAGAAUCUGCGAAAUACAGGGAGGAUGGCGGAAGGUACAGGGAAGAACCCUCCAGAUAUAGGGAUGAACCUAGCAGGUAUAGGGAUGAGUCGGUACGAUACCGCGACGAUCUUAGGUAUCGUGACAGCUUCAGCGCGCCAAGAGCGGGACCCGUCCGUCGUUAUGAUGAAAGGUCGGCAUAUCUGGAACCGCAGAAGUCAAAAGUUUUUAUCGGUAACCUUGAUGGUAGGGUUAGCGAGGAAGACCUUACCGCUGCAUUUGGCAAAUUCGGACCCAUUAAUAGGAUCGAUUAUAGGAGGAAUUUUGCAUUCGUCGACUACGUGAAGGCCCGAGACGCCGAGGCAGCAAUGCGCGAAAUGAAUGACCGUGUACUCAUGGGCGCUAAACUCAAGGUGGUACCGCAUUCAGAACGUACCAAGCGCACCGAAAUGAACCGGGAACCUGAUUUCGCAUCACAAGCAACAGUCCUUAAUCUCGACAACAGUGCAAGCUGGCAAGAUCUCAAGGACUUUGCGCGCCAGGCAGGAGAAGUCGUAUACGCUUCCGUUAUCAUAAGAGACCAAAAACGAUAUGGUCUUAUUGAGUUCACAACGCCUAAAGCUAUGAAGAAUGCAGUGGAACUUCUCGAUGGUAAGAAAAUUGCGCAAAAUGAGUUGCAAGUCGUACCCAUGGCUGUGAACGACUACCUAAAGAUGCAGAUGAAUGAGCCCAGCGACGUCGAACGCACAAUGCCAGAACGUACAAUACCAGAACGUCCUGUACCCGAGCGUCACGAUGACCUAGCCGCGAAGAAAGAAUUGAUAUACCAAGAUGAACAGUUGGAUUCUGUCGAUUACGAUUGA